UCACGCUAAAAAUUAUGAGUAAAUCAAAAUUUUGAAAUGAUAUAGUUAGAAACGAAAUCCACGUUUCUUAUUUCCUUUUUAGCCGAUGAGAGACGUAUGGCGACAUGCGGCGGCUUGCAUCGAUCGCUGGUUGGCUGGCUUACCAACUUGCCCACUCAUUCAAAUUCAAAUCGUCCAGACGGCGGGUGCUUUAAAAGCAACGUUUGGUUAAAGCCGUGACGGAUCAGUUAUGCCGCCGAAAUGUCGCAAGACUUCGAGACACGCCGCUCUAGUGGACGCCCGUGGUCGUCAAAGACGGCGAGUCAUGGACAGAGACGCAUUAUACCGCCGCCGAAGGACGGCAGAUGCUCUAUGGCGGGCCGAGAUGGCCAGCUGCUUCAACGCACUGCGCUGCCUGGUGCUGCCUUCGGCACCGCGUAGCCGAAUGCACCGAUCCAGACGCGCCGUUCUGCAGGCAGCAGUUCAAAGGUUGCGUUACUUGGAAGGCGUCGUAUCCGAGCUGCUUGCGAACGACAACGGCCGUCGAGCAACACCGCGCAACCUUCGGGGUGUGAGGAGCCUCUUCCGUCGUUGCCUUGAGACAACUCUGCCGACUAGGCGAAAGCGACGCCAGAGCGAGCAAAGCUCGCAGGAGCUACUGCCGUCUCUGGAAGUGUUGGGGGAAUGCGACCAGGAGACGUUCACGGGUGUGCGCGAGCCUGGCGGCGCAAGCAACCGUGCCGAUGCCGCCACGAGCGUAGCAUCGAGCCCAACCAUUUGCCAAGUUUGGUGGAGUAACCGCGCGGUGGAGGCGGCCAUCAUGUCGUCGCCGACGGUGAAAAGACUCGUGGAGAGCUUCUACGACGACGUUCCCCUUCCUGCGAACGGUCCCAACUCUGCGCAGCUCGUUCCCGACGAGGUCUUUGUAAUCGAGGCUGUUCCGCCGUCUGAUUCCGAGGACGAACAGUUGGUCCCAAUUGCAACGCUAGCCGAGGACUUUGACUCCAGUAAUCUUGCUGGCGACUCCGAGGUGAUCGGAUCAGAAGACCCCUUGCUUAGUUCGGCCAUUGUGCAUGCUGCCAAAAGCCCCGAGAGGCAUCUGCUCUUGUGCAAUGAACAUGAUGCUCCCAACUGGCUAGCUGAGCAACUGAUCUCAGGCGCACAAGUAGACUGGGUUCUUGAUAUUAAUCUCUAGACAGAGCACACAAACUGACGCAGCCCACAAGUUGGGCGAAGAUUGCUUGUUUUCCUUUGUCUUUGACCACAUGUAGUCCAUGUGACACGUUAUACUUUUAAUAUAAUUCCUGUGAUGUUGUUUUAAGCAGUUACUAUUGCAGCUGUGUUGGCUAUCCUGCUGUUAAAAACACUUGCGGUCCAACUGUGAUCUCAAAUAGGUUUAUGUAUAUGUUACUACAGUACCUGAGAGCUUAUUAAAGGCACUUGUUC